UUUUUUUUUUUUCAUACUAUAGAUGUCUGUGCAAAUUAACGAAGCAAAAGUACUCUUUUUCUAUAUAUAUAUACAUAUAAAGCAAUACAAAUACCAAAACUUCAAAAGAACAAAGACUGAACAUUAAUUUCAUAGGCAAAAAAGUCCUUUAAAGCACUAUAUAAAUAUAUAGCCGAACAUGCAGAAAAGGAAGAAGAAGCUGUUUGGCUAAUGGUAUCAACAAUUAAUAAAAUUACUCUUACAAAAGGCAGACCCACUCGAAUUGUUCUUAAACAUGGCUGUCAAACACCUGGCGUGCAUCGUUGUUUAUUUACAAAAAACAAUCAACAAAAACAUAAAGAUUUAAUUAAAGAAAAGAAAAUUAAAGGUGUGCAUAAAGUGAUUGACUUGAAGCAUCUCAAGAAACAAUAUAAUACACCCGAUUUAAAGCAAAAGUUAAUGGAGGAAUUCGACAUGUUUAUGGCUCAAAAGCAGAUCAUUAGUGAUCUAUACAAGGUUUUGGGUAAAGAAGUAUAUAAAAAGAGAAGAGAACCCAUUCCCAUUGAUAUUUAUAAACCAGAUCUACAAAAAGAAAUUUUACGUACGGCCAAAUCAACUUACAUGAAUUUUCAUACUGGAUCGUGUUAUGCAGUUAAAAUUGCCACCACCAUGCAGAGUUAUCAAAUUGCUUUUGAAAACUUUAUGUCUGCUUAUCAAAAAAUUAUCGAAGCAACACCGGGUGGUGAAGAAAACAUACGUUCCUUUCAAAUUAAAACUGCUAAUUCAACAAGUUUACCUAUUUAUGAUGUAAAGGAAGAUUACAUUGAGAAAAUAAUAGAAGAAGAAGAAUAAAAUAUAAAAUAGAUACUUUUAAAACUCA